AUGGAGGACGCGGAAAAAUUAAAAAUAAUCGCCGACAAAUAUCAACAGGGUUUGGUUCUCAAAGAAAAACAAAUUGCAGCUUUGACCCACAUAGAGAAACAUAAAGGUGAUCUGCUUGUAAACCUUCCUGUGGGGUAUGGUAAAAGCAUCAUUUACCACCUUCUGCCGGCUUUAUUAAAGUCAGACGAGCUACCAACACCGGUGAUAAUCGUAAUCUCACCUUUAAACAUAAUUCAAAAGGAUCAGAUGACAUCCCUGUUAGACCAUGGUGUCAGCGCAUGCAGAGUUAAUAUCAAAACCUGUAUUGAAGAAACUACAGAUGAUGCUGAGAAGCAGAACUAUGGUGCAGAUAUGGAUGAUACUGUUCAAAAUAUUGCUAGUGGAAAGUAUUCAAUAAUUCUGUGUCACCCUGAAGCCAUAUUAAACACUGCAAAAGGCAAAGAACUUCUUUCCAACGAACGGUUUAAGGAGAAUGUGGCAGCAGUUGUUGUUGAUGAGUGUCACAUUCUUGAGAAAUGGUAA